UUCAAAGUGCACCUCGUGUCGUGAAUCAGGCCCCUAGAACAACUUUGUGCUGCAUGCUUGCAGCAUCUUCGAUUUCGCUCGCUCCCGGCCGAUGAACGCCGAUCGCAUGUUUAUGAAAGUGUAUACAUUAAUAAUGCUUUUAAUGAUCGAGUCUAAUAUGGCGGCCUACUUUGUCGGAACGAAAAAACAACAACAGAACUGGAUCAGGAUGGGCUCAUGGAGAAGUACGGAAUGAUGAAGCGAAAGAGGACUGAUUUCAUUAACAAUUAUAGAAGUAAACAAACUUGUUCAACUGUGGACCAAAGGGAAUCAGAUUGGGAUCGAUGUCAAGAUGGGUUUGACAGAGUCAUCAUAAGUCAGGCUCAGAAGUCUUCCUCAACUAAAGUUCUCAGCAAUAGCAAUAAGAAGUCAAAAGCCAAGUUACUCUCAUUUGAGAAAGUUGCCAGCCAAGAUGAUAACGUUAAUAUUACUUGGAGCUCAAGUAGUGAUGAUGAUGAUGAUGACAUACGGCCUCUAGUAUUUGAAUCUCCGGACACCAGUCCCGAACCAAAGAAGAAAUUAAUUAGACCUUCUAUCAAUAGCACAGUCUUAAAAGAUGGCACUUCUAACACACAUGGAUUUGGUCUCGCUACUAAGCAGCUCAUUUCACUAUCCCAAAACCACAAUUCUGAGGGUUCAGAAUUUUUAAUAUCAGAUUACGAAUCAGCAUCUGAUGAGGAAGAUGAUGAUGACGAUGAUGGAAAUAAAGAUCAGAGCACGCAACAGAUGUCCGAUUCAUACAGCAUAUCUUCCAUGUCAUCGUCACAAAUUUCAAACUCCUUGCCCUCCAUUAUAGACAAUAAGAAUGCGAGCCCAAGAAAAGGAUCAAAUCUUCUGAAUAUGUUAAAACAACAAAUGAAAUCUCCUGAAACUACUGAAGAAGACAACCCCUUAGACUCAGCCAAGAAGAAAAGUAAAUUUAUCAGAGGCGGUCUUGCUGACAGAUUGCAGAAACUGAUUUCUAGAGAAAGGUCUUCAAUAGCCAUGUGGAAACACCGAAUGCAGGAUUUAAAGAACGAUGUUACCACCCAAGCCAGCAGCAAGGCUGUUACAGUUAGCCUGCAGAAAGUGCAAUUUCACCAUGGACUCUAUGUUUGCGAAUGUCUAGAUGUUUCAAACAAUGAAGAUACCAAACAGAGCAGACUUCACGUCUUAUUCUCAACAUCAACUGCAAAACAAUGUCACAUUGCUCAAGGGUCCAUUGUAACUAUAUAUCCUCCAUGGCAACGCUUAAACUUACCAUCAUACACUGAACCAGUUCUAUUGUGCACCCAUUACUGUCGGUUGGUGGGGCAAGAAACAGAAGCUGAAACACAAGCACAUACUUCACACCAGACUACAAGAAAAAAGAUGUUGUUUGAUUCCUUGCCGUCUGUUGAUUCAGUGAUGGCUCGACCCAUUUUAGAAGAAGUUAGCAUUCAAGAAGUUAGGCCCAUCAUUGUUGAAGAUGAGGUCUCUGACUCCAUAUUGGACAGCAUUGCGGACAGUGGUCAUAGUCUUCAUGGCAUGUACAUCAGAGCAACGGUGCAACGAGUUUGCAGAUACAACAUCAACCAGAAUGAACAACUCAAUAAUAUAGUAAAGACAAUUCAGCGGUGGUCUCUGUUACUGCAAGAUAUCAGGGGAGUAUUCUGUGAGGUUCAGUUACCAGAUGGUUGCCAUGGUGAAGAUACUUGGAAGCAGUGCUUUGAUGGUGAAGGCAAGACAUUUAUUUUUAAGGGAGCAAAAGUGUCGCAAAGAACAAAUCGUUCAAGGUCUGUUAGGUUAUUCAGUAUGUUGGAUUCAAUGUGGCCCCCUAGUGAUGAAAUUCUUGCCAGAUUUAACAGCCAAUCAGAGUUUCAGAGUUCACAGCGAAUCAAUUCAUUACCAGCUCCUAACUUCUGCUAUAUAUUGACUAUUGAAAGUCAACAGGGGUCACUGAAGAUGAGUAAGAAACAACAUACUAUCUAUAAACCUACAGCAAUAUGCAAGCUAAAACGUACAGGGAAUUGGGCAACAAGAAUUAGCAUAUAUGCAAAGGUGGUUCAUGUUACACCUGCAUCAACAGAUAGGCAGGUGUUGAAAAGGAUAUCCAUAACUGAUGUGUCACUUCAAGAUGGUUGUCAAGGGAAGGUGAACGGUGACAGUUCAGAGCACAAAGCAUGUGAUGUGACCUGCUUUGCAUACAGGUGUCUGUUGGUGGAACCAUCAUGUGUUGUGGAAACUGACCUGACCACUAGUCAUAUGUUACUAUUUAAGGAUAUCUUUGUAGAAAAUGAUGGUUCUAUGCAUGCGGACAACUAUAGCAGAAUGCUGAAGGUGGAUAAACCUCAGAUGCAUGAAGAACUUAAGCACAUAAGUGUCCACCUGUGCCCUCUAGAGGUCAACUCCAAUCAGCAUGACCUUGUGUCAGUACAAGGUAAAAUAAUCGGCGUAGACGAAUCAAGUGCAUAUCAUUGGCCAUUGUGUGAGCAAUGUGGGUCUGACAAACUGCAUGCAGUAGCUUCAUUAAAUGAAACAUUCUACUGUGAAGUUUGCCAGCAAAACUUUGUGUCCACAGCCACCAGGAUGUUUUUAGAGGUGUAUAUAAAAUGUGAAUCAGUUGAAAAAGCUCAAAUAAAACUUCAAUUACAACAGUUGUCUAUUGAGAGAAUACUGCCACCAAUAACACCCGAGAUAAAGCUUCAAGGGUUUGAUCUGCAAAGCAUCAUGGGAAAAAGCAUUGGACCAAUCAAUGCCAUAGUUAGAGAAAUCUCUGCAGUACCAAAACAGUUUAUGUUAGAAGAAAUAGAAAUAUAGAUAAUACUGCUAAAUAGUUGGAUAUUGAAGGCUUAUGACAAAUAUAUUUAUUAUAACAAUGCCGUUUGAAAAUAGAGAAAACAG